AGAAAAAAAAAUGUAGUAUUAAACAUUUUACAUAUACAUUUGUGAGUGUUUAAAUUCUCACUUACAGUUUGACUUUGUAUAUAUUUACAAGGAGAGGCCUGCAAUUCAGAAUCCAAAGGGGCCACACGAUAAACUGGGACUGUUGUGGAGGGUUGCUUAUUCGUGUGGCCCCCUUCAACAGUCCCAGUUUCGCCCCUGCUUUAAAGUUUCAUUUUUCCAAAUUAAAUACUCAAGCUAUGGGGGAUGUGUUUUUUGGGGGGGUUUCCAAAAUAAAAGCUCUAUGUGAGAUUUCUUCUCCAAAAUAAAAGCCUAAUUUACCUCCUAGAAAUUUACCGGGAUGUCUUAAAAAUGUCAGAUAUCCAAAAGCAAAGCUUUCUAAUUACCUUUGCUUCAUUAAAAAAUAAAUUAUGUAAAUGCUCCGUAUCAGUCUUUGCAUCGGAUUAUUUGAUAAUCAGAAGCAACCGCUCUUGCUUUCCCUCCGAUGUCUGUGCGGCUUGAAGAACAAAGGGGCGUGGCCGCCGUUGUUCAUCGAGCACGCUCGCGGUUUGGAGGAUGGGAGAGAGGACGGCGCUGCAGAGGGAGGGAGCGAGGAGGAGGAGGAGGAGGAACUACGGGUGGAAAAAAAAGUUAAAGUGAAAAUGGCUUCCUUGUCUUUGGAGUCCACAGAACAAUCUGAGAACAGCACAGGGGAGCCAGCGGGGUCGGAGACCAAAGAAGAGAAAGAUCCGCUCCAAAUUUCGGAACAACUGCUCCAAAGUUUCCAAAAGUCGGCGCUGAGUUUUUCCACUGACCAGGUCUCAUGUCUGUGCGAGGCCCUUCUGCAGGCGGGCAAUGUGGAUCGCCUGUGGAGAUUUCUCUCCACUAUACCUCCUUCGUCCGAGCUGCUACGUGGCAACGAGACCCUGCUAAAGGCCCAGGCACUGGUGGCUUUCCACCGGGAGGAAUUCAAGGAGCUGUACGCCAUCCUGGAAAGCCACAACUUCCACCCGUCUAACCACGGGUUCCUGCAGGACCUGUACCUCAAAGCCCGCUACAAGGAGGCGGAGAGGUCCCGGGGCCGUAGCCUGGGCGCAGUGGACAAGUACCGGCUCAGAAAGAAGUUCCCCCUACCCAAAACCAUCUGGGACGGAGAAGAGACCGUGUACUGCUUCAAAGAGAAGUCCCGCAAUGCCCUGAAAGAGUGCUACAAGAGCAACAGGUAUCCCACUCCGGACGAGAAGAAAAACCUGGCCAAAAUCACCGGGCUAUCCCUCACGCAGGUCAGCAACUGGUUCAAGAACCGCAGGCAGAGGGACAGGACCCCGUCCGGGACCCACAGCAAAAGUGAGUCCGAUGGGAACCACAGCACUGAGGAUGAGGCGAGUGCGAUGGACGACACUCCCGACAAACCAGACGAGGCUGCCGGCUCCACAGCUUCCAUCAUCUCUGUCGCUGCGGUCCCGUCCAGCACUGGAGGCCAGCUCAUCCUCAACGGGUCCAGCGGCUUCCUCACCGCCUCUCUGCUCAAUGGCAACUCCCUGAUCUCCAGCAGUGGUGCUGGUGUUAUAAUUAAUGGGAUAAAUUUAGGUGAUUGCCAGACCGUCACACUGAGUCCUGUUGGAACCAGCUCUCCUUUAAUACUGAACGGGGCUCAAGUAAUAACCAAAUCUGGGGUUGGUGUGCAGCAGCCACAGCAAGCUGUUUCUGGGGUGGAGCAGGAAGUUUCAGAAAUGGAGGCCAAGCCGAGCGGCGUUCCAGCAGUUGUUCUUAACACUAACGUCACGCCUGUCUCGAACCCCAUCAUUUCUCUUCCCCUGCAAACCAAGACCGAGAGUGACAGUGCAAUGGGCUUCAUCAGUGUUUCCGAAUCAGAGGGCAGCAGCCAGACGGUAUCAUCCUCUUCUUCCUCUUCCUCACCAACCAGCCUCUCUUCACUAGUUUUAACACAAAACCACCAACGCCAGGACUCCCUCCCCCUCCCAGCAUCUCUGUCAUCUGCAGGCAUGCUUGUCUCCAGUUCUGCAGGGGAGCAAGGGGAGUAUAGCAUCUCUGCUACUGCUCCCUCUACCAGCCUCAACCCUCCUAGCUCUGUGAUUUCAACCAGCAACUGCACCCCUCAGGUUUUCUCUCUGCCCCAGGUUGUGCCUUCCAUCCAGGGUAUACCAGUAUCUCACCUGGUUCAGCACUCUUCGGGAGCCCAGGUAUCCCAGUGCCCUCAGCUGGUCCCAGUAUCCCCCCUCACCUCACCAGCGCCUCAAUUUCAAAGCCCCCAGACUCUGAACACAGGAAACAGACUGGCACAGCAGCAACAGGAAGCCUCGGCAGCUAUGUCUGAAGGUGCCACAACCAUAGUUUCCAUCUCACCGCUCAACAACAGUCAGCUCCCCCAGCACGUGAUGCAACAACUGGGGGAGCAGACCACAAACUGUACACCCAGCAAAAUCCAGACACCGCAGGUUAUUUCCAUCUCUUCCCCAACACAAGUCGUCCCAGUCCCCCAGGCCAAAGGUGGCACACCGGCACAGCUCGUCCCACUCUCUGUGCCCCAGCUGGUACCAGUCUCCUCCAUCCAAACUUCCUCCACCAUCUCUUUCCCACAGGUGGUACCUGCAAGUCCUUCUAUCGCCAUCCCUUCUGCCCGUCUACCAUUACAGAUCCUCACUUCAGCUCCUGCAGCUGGAGGGGUCCCACAGGCUCCUCUCAGGUUAAACCAGCUGAGGCCCAUUCAGAGCGUAGCUCCUCCAGCCAGCACGGCCCCUACGGUGCAGCUCCUAAACUCCGGCAUCAUUCAGCUACCCUCUACCCCUCCAGGUAACCUUCUCCUCGGUGGUAGCCCCUACCUGAGUGUCCAGCAAGGCAAGCUGAUUCUGACCAUCCCAGCAGGCAUUCAGCUCACCAGUUUGCCCCUGAAACCAGUCCCUGACGCUUCCACCAUCUCUACAAACGGAGUGAUCCCCAUUCUUAACCCUUCUACCUUUCCCGUAGUCUCACAGCCUUCAACACCAACGCCCAGCAGCCUCGCCGCAUCAUCUCCCCUGAACUUCAUCAGCUCAUCUCCACCAUACUGUGCUCAAGAGACUCCCAUCCAAACCAGCCAAGUGCACGCAAUCCCCUCCCCUCACCCGCUGGACCCAACGGCCACCCCGACAACGCAGAAUGCUCUGACUCCAGAAAGCAUGCUCACGCUCAGCCCCAUGUACACUGGAGUGACACCAAAUAGCCAAAUGCCCCAGCCAGUGUGGAGCCCAGUGCCCCUCUCCACUUCAGCCAGUUUAACUCUGUUUGACGUCCGCACCAAGGGGGACCUACCUGUGGACCCAGCCUUGUUGGGUCUACCUGGUGGGGAGUCGCUGCUCCUGGGCAGCCCCUCUCCAGAGCAGGAUGUGGAAGCCAGCUCGCCACUUGGGAAUCCAGAGGAAAUCGAUGGAGAAUCAAAAAUCCUUACUCAGCUUCAGUCUGUCCCUGUGGAUGACGAGCUGGGCUUAUAGUUUUUAAAACUGGUUCAACACCACAGAUCUGUUUGUCUUGUUUGGAUGACUUGAAACAUUUUUAUCCCACAUCUUGCAUCAUAUAAGAUCACCAUAUUUUUUUUUAUAACCUACAGCAGCAAUUCUCACUCAGUAGACCAGAUGCCAUUGUGGUGCUAGCUGGAAAUUUUCCAGCUCUCUUUAUUAUGAAUGGGAUUAUUCACCUGCUGGUUCAAUUACUCCUCUCAGUUUGGAUUAAGAUUUUUUUAUUUUAUUUUUUACUAAAAUCAGUAUGUGCCUUACUUUUUUUUUUUUUAUAAAAAGAUCAGAUCCGCACAGAUGAUUUAAGGAUUAAUCUGCUUGACUCACAAGUCUUGAUGUUAGACCAAGACUUGUGAGUCAUGGGGUCAGGGGUCAUGGAUCCUUCUUGUGGUUUUGUGGACUAACUCAGCUCUACUACGUCUGGGUUUCUGAUAUAGAUCCACAACAGUGAUACACUGUUCAAAAGGGAAAAAUCUUUAAAUGGUUCCCUCCCUGUCCUGAAUUCAGCCUGAAUAUAUUCUGCCAACACUCCAGCAAUAUCCCUUCAUCCAUCAUCUCCCACUCAUCCUGGACCAGGUCAUAGUAGAAGGUAGCCUAAGCAGCUAUCAACUUCAGUUCUUCCAGGAGGAAACCAAGACAUUCCCAAGCCAGCAACAACAGCACACUGUUUCCAGUGAUCAAUCGUGGAGUCGUCCUGGUCGGAUCCCUGAACCACUUCAGCUGGUUCUUUUUAAAGCAGAAGGGCAGCGGCUCUCCUCUGAGCUCCUUCUCACUUUGUCUCCAACUUUGAAGAAUCUGACUUGCAUCUCAUGGUCUUAUUCUUCCAGUUACCACCCCAAGUAUCCCUAAUAUUUAAUUCCUCACAGUGUAGAGUAGGAGUGUACAGAACAGUCGGACUCACCUCUCUUCAAAACAACUGGAUCAUCUGCCUAACUGCUCGUGCCACACCAGUCCACCAUAUUUUCACCAUCCACCAGUCCUCUUCCACACUUUCAUCAGGAUAAUUUAACUCCUACAUGUGUAACAGGUUCACCUAACAAAUAAACGAUCCUCGAUUCUGGGUGGAGACCCAAAUCCCUUUCGGGGUUGCGUCAGGAAGAGCAUCCAGCAUAAAAAAUCUUCCCAAUCCCUAGUGAAUAAGGGAGUAGCUACUUGUAGCAACAACACAAACUCACCCUAAACCCACAGUGGAGACUUUUGUUUUUAACUUAGAGGUUCGGAUUCUCAUCCCACCCUGCAGGAUGUCACCCUCCGAACAUCUGACCACCGAACAUCGACACCACCAGUUCUGUCAGUUAAGUCUAUGAACACAGUCGGUGAUUAAGGGCAAGCAUGGCUGAAUCUGUUGCCCAGUUGCAACGAGUUUGACCAGGAAUAUAGCGAAUAUUAUAAUCUACACAAACAUUAGAUCAUAGCUGAAAGGGCUAUAUGACAGUAUUUUAUUACCACACGUUAGUAGUGUUGUUUUUAUCAUUGAACUGUCUGCAGUUUCCAGGAUUCAGCACUGCCUGACCUUUGUUUAAAAAAACAAACAAACCUAUAUAUAGAACAGGAGGAAAUAAAAGGGUUUAUACUCUAUGCAAUGCAUGUUUAGUUCUUCAUAAGACACUAUGUCGCACAGUGGCUGAGUGUAAUUUUUUUAAAGCCAGUACUCUUGGGAGAUAAAAAGAAGCUGUGCUGAGCUUUUAAAAGGAAGCACAGCAGAGCAUUACACUAAAACAUGUUGCGAUGUUUCCUGUUAACAUCUCAGCAUGUUAAUACUUAUAAGUGCCUUAUUUUAAAGCUCACACGUUUGAUGUUAUUGAUGUUCUGACUAAAACGUGCUAUAUAUAUAUUUGCUAUGUACUCAACCAAAUACCUGGAUUCACUUCAUAUGGAUUCUUUUGUGUCUACGUUUAUGAAUGAGUUUGUUCAGUGAUACACAAACGUGUCUUUUCUUUUUUUGGUUGUGUGGUCAUAGCUCAGUUGUGUUUUUUAUUUUGUUGUUGUUGUAUAUUUUGCACAUUUCAUUCACAUAUUGUUUACGCUGCACUGCCACGGUGUUAUGACAGCGGUCGGACUCAUUUCACAGUCUCUUAGUAAGAGUGACACAGAAAGAUAAGGAGCCAAGAAGAUUAAUCAGGAAGUUGUGGUUCGUGUUUUUGAGAUAUUGUUAAAUUUUUGAGUACAGCUCGAUCAAAGCUGUGUGACCUUUCUGUUGUCAUAACACAGGUAAGCGGUCAAACCUUUGGCCAAUUAUGGUACAAAAAAAAUCAGAAAAACACGUAUAGUUACAUUAAUGUGUGUGUGUUUGUUGGUCUCAUUUAAUCUAUUUAAGGCAUGCAUCAAUCAGUUAGUAGUUUUUAAAACAGUCCUCGAGGAGAAGCUGUGGAUAGGAAAUGUUCAUUAUCAAUUCACGCUGUAACGUGAGGUUUUCCAAGCUCAGCUUCCAGGACAUUAGCUUGGACAAAUCAACCUGAAUUUAGCUGAGUGUUUAAAUUUGUUUGGGGGGGGUAAAGGAAAAUGUUUUCAUUGUGUUUGUUCAUAUUAGCCAUUUCUUACCAAAGUAUGUUGACAUUAAAGCCUGCAUGGCUUACGCACACAUGUUCCUGGAUUGGUUUUCACUCUCCAGCCUGACGUGUAACAUUCAUGACUCCAGACACCAAAGAUGUCGUGUGUUUUUGCUUUGUUUUUGUUUCUGAGUUUUCAAAGGGAUCAUUUGUGCCUCGUCUUCUCAUUUUUGUACUCAAAUGCAUUCUAUUUUUUAUAUUACAUGAUACUGUAAUAAACUACA